AUGGACUUUGGCCAGGAGGACCCUCAGUGCCGUGGCAUCACAGAGAGCCCAUUGGUUAUGAAACAGUUGCUCUUACUAUAUAGGUCACUCACUGUCCUUCUGGAUCAAGAACAAUAUGGCACCUUUAACACCUUACAGGGGACUUUUUCAUGGCAGGGCUGGCAAAUGGACUUGUCAUUGACUCUCACUUGUGGUUUCUUAGCCGUAACAGCCACAGUCAAAACAACCAAAGUAUUUCCCCUGCCAGCUGUGGUCUUGUGCCUGCAUAUCGUCACUGCCAGUACUUUGAAGUUCCUCACCGUCUCAGGGAGGGCAGACACGAGCACAGCUUCUUGUAGGGUCUUGAUCACGAGCAGCGAGCUGCCUUCUGAGCCGCUCCCCACAAGGCUAGGCCCUUCUGAGGUAGCCGCGGCAGCUUCUCAGAAAGGCCUGGAACAUAUUGCCCAGUUUUUACUGACCUGGCUUUUCAUCUCUUUUUUUGCUCUAGAUUUGUUGCCAUCCAAGGAUGGUAAAGAUUUAACUAAAUGUUUCCUGCUGCAAGUGGUAAAUAUUCUUCUGCAUUACAUCAAAAAAAUGUUUGAUGUUAAGAGUAAAAUACUAGACUUUCAUCAUCCUCACCAACUUCUUGAAGGUUUGGAUGGGCUUAACCGGCUGUCUGACCACCCUGAAUCUUUGGAGCAGUUACUUGUUGACUGCUCGGAUACCUUAAAAUAUGGUGUUAAUACAGGACAUCCUCGCUUUUUCAACCAGCUGUCCAGUGGGCUAGAUGUGGUCGGACUUGCCAGGGCAUGGUUGACAGCCACUGCCAAUACCAACACGUUUACAUAUGAAAUAGCUCCGGUAUUUACUAUCAUGGAGACGAUUUUUCUUAAGAAAAUGUAUGGAAUUAUCGGCUGGGGAGAAACAGAAGCAGAUGGAAUAUUUGCACCUGGAGGAAGGAUCUCUAACCUCUAUGGUAUAUUAGUAGCUCGUUAUAAGCAAUAUCCAGAGAUAAAAAGACAAGGCAUGACCGCACUUCCGUGUUGUGUGUUAUUUGUUUCUGAACAAGGUCAUUAUUCAGUAAAAAAAGCUGAAGCUAUUCUUGGUAUUGGAACUGGCAAUGUAAUUGAAGUAAAAUGUGAUGAAAGAUAUGUUUCUAACACGGGAAAGAUGAUUCCAGCUGAGUUAGAGAAAAAUAUAUUACAAGCUAAGAAAAAGGGCCACAUUCCCUUUUGUGUCACCGCCUCCGCUGGCAGCACAGUGUUCGGGGCCUUUGACCCUCUCCACGACAUCGCGGAUAUUUGUGAGGCACACGGACUCUGGAUGCACGUGGGUGCAGCUUGGGGGGGUGGAUUGCUGUUGUCCAGAAACCACUCCCAUAAACUCAGUGGCAUUGAAAGGGCCGACUCUGCGACCUGGAAUCCACAUAAACUCAUGGGCGUCCCCCUUCAGUGCUCUGCUAUCCUGAUCCGGGAAAAAGGUCUUCUGGAAGCAUGCAACGAGAUGCACGCUGCUUAUCUUUUCCAGCCAGAUAAACUCUACAAUGUUGACUUUGACACUGGGGAUAAAACUAUUCAGUGUGGCCGACAUGUUGAUGUCUUUAAGCUAUGGUUGAUGUGGAAAGCAAAGGGAACCUGUGGCUUUGAGGCACAGAUCAGCCGACACACGGAACUUGCAAAAUACUUCUGUAAGGUUUUAAAGAAAAAAGAUAACUUUAAGUUCGUGUUUGAUGCAGAGCCUGAGUUCACCAAUGUCUGCUUCUGGUAUUUCCCACCAAGACUUAAACACAUCCCAGAAGGUUUUGAAAGAGAUCAAGAACUCCAAAAGGUAAAUGCGCGCGUGUGUGUACGGUUGAUAGAGAAAGGCACAGCCAUGAUAAGCUACCAGCCAUGCGGAGACAAAGUAAAUUUUUAUCGAAUGGUCUUUUCCAACCCUGCCACCAGACGAGCAGAUGUUGACUAUCUUAUUGAUGCCAUUGAAAGGCUUGGAAAGGAUUUAUGA